AUGAAUCGAAUCUCAUCCUUAAAAUCUGGGGAUGCCUCUGACGAGUCCUUAGGGAGUCUCUCGAUAUCAGAGUACAGUCCAAAGGUCGAACUUGAGAGUGUAUACCUCUACACUUUACGACUCCUUGUCCUCGAAUACAUCAAUAAACCUCAGUUUAAACAAAAUGACCGCAACCGUCAGUCCCCUCCUACGCCUCCGUCAUCGUCGUCGUCGUCAUCGUCGUAUUCUUCCCUACACUCAUCUCGCUGGUCUUUAUCUUCAUCACCACUGGAAGAUAGCGGGAGGUCCGUCUCACUUGGUCUGGGGAAGUCAUUGUUUAGCAAUGGACAGUUCUCGAGAAGCACAAAUAAAACUAAUUAUUCCGAACACAUUAGGAUCAUGACCACUUUGAAACAGCGCCUCGCUACGUACCUAUAUGAUGUGACAAUAGGUAGGAAAAAAGUGACAAAUGCAACCUUUAGACGAUGUCUACUAAAAUUCAAUAACGACACGUUCAUGAACUCCAGUCUGUCCACUACGCUAGAAAAUAUGUCUAACGUCGAAGAGCUGAUUGUUUAUUUCACUAAAUCCGCCAACAACGAGUUGAGCAAAGUGGUUGUAGGAGACAUUCAAAAAGAGCUUUUCAAACAGGUAUCGAAAUUUGUUGGUCUAUUGCAAUCGUUGCUACCAACCAAUACGCCUGCGUCCUUUAUCAACAAAUUGACGGCUUGCGCUGAUAGAAUGAAACCUACAAAACCCUCUUUGAAGCAGAAACUGUUCUCUAACGAAAAGAGGCGGAGCGCAACACCAGUAAUGUACGAAACCUCGGAUUCAUCGUCAAUGUCUGCUGUACGGAAACCAGUAGCUGCACUUCAUGUUGCACCCAGCUUUAAACUGGAUGAUAUUCCUUAUUCCAAUUAUUUCUCCGAAAUAUUUAACACCGAUUCUAUCAAGGUACAGCAGGACGUCAUUAAAGUGAUGAAGGAGUCGACGAACUUCACAUUCUCUAGAGAACUCGAUGAAUAUAGCUUUCAACUCCAGUCUGAUGGAGGGUUUCUCUUUCUUUCUGAUUUCAGAACGGAAGAAGAAUACAAUUCGUGGAAGAUCCUUGAAACGAAAGAGAUCGAAUUGCUUAAGAACGAAUUUAGAACAAUUGGGAGGGCUCCUAGCGUUCCAAACAGUAAGAACCUUAUAAUGCCGUCCGAUCCUCGCUCUACAUUUGUUAUGCUCAUGAAUCUGAUUAUAAAGAAAGAAUGCAGCACCAAUAUGAGCUCUAUGGAAUUCACACCAGGCGCAUUAUAUUUCAUGAACACCGCAGCUAGAUACUGGAGAGUCGAUUUUCCCUCAACUCUCGCGGCACUGUUUUACACGGCAUCUAACAUCAGCGUCUUACAUAGUGAAGAAAUAAAUCUGGCAUUGACAGAGGGCUUGUUUACUUUCAUCAAAAGCACGAUUUUACAUUCAGAUGCUAUUGUGGAUACCAGAGAUUGGAACGAAAUGGACAGAAGACAAUGGAACGCUAACCUGUUUUAUACUUCGGAGCAGUGCGUGAACUCUUUGGAUAACCUGCUCACGGGACUGUACGCCACGACUAAGCCGAAGUUUUCUCCAAUUCUGGUUUUCUAUUUCGAAUAUGUAUCAGCGGAUCCCAGUUUUCAAGAACAUCUGCCUACUAUAGAAAAGCGCAUUGUUAAGAGGUUGCGAAGAACAAUAUUCAAGACCAGUGAAAAAUAUUACAAGUCACUAAUUAUGGAACUGCCAAAGGAUGAAACGUUGGAAUUUAAACAUAUACAAAACAUUGCUGAACUGAUCGUUAGGCAACUGAACACCAUUCAAAAGCGGUACACGAAGCCUCUACUGGAUAAAGUGAAUAUCUCAUUUGAAUGCGCUACAAUGCUGACCACAGCAAUGGCCAUCGAUGGACCAAAUAUGAUUAAAAAGAUUGAGAGAGUACUUGAAUCCAAAAAGAAGGAUGUCCCUCCAGUCGAUGCAUUGGAACUAUACAGUACAUUCAGGGAGCUGAGAGACAUAUAUCGGCAAGUUCAACUUAAAGAGAAAUUUCCCUUCAAUUUGGAAAGAGCAUUUGGAAAAUACUUAAAGCGGUUUGCCAAAAAUAUAGCUCUAAAGAUUUCGGAAGUGUUUCGUAAUUCAAUUAAAACUGAAACCUGGGAAAAAAUCAAUGACGAUGUACGGUAUAGUAAGUCGGUACUGGACAUUUUCAAGAUGGCAAAUGAGUCUUUAAAUAUAUUCAAAAGCUUUGAUUGGGAUAUCAAUUAUCGCUUCGCGGAAGCUGUGGUCAUUGUCUUGAAAGCGUUUUCUGAUGGAAUACAAUUAUACUGUGAUAUGGCUGUAAAGCUUGUGCAGAAGAGUUUGAGGUACAGUUCAGCUAGCUCCUACGGUUUUGAAGAUCGAGGUUCGAGCACAAAUGAGAGUGAGAAAAGGAAAAGUAAAUGGGAUUUUCAUGAAAUGAAAAAGGCGGUCAGAUCUUCAUCCAGUUCAGCCAUUCCGCAACCUUAUAAAUACAAGACCGAAACCUGUGUUAUAUUGAACGAUGUGGAUACAAUGAUAGCCCAUUUGGAAGAACUCGAGAAUAUUGUCGAUUUUUCUGAACUGUCCAAAGUUAUAACUGAACAUAAUGCAGUAAAGCAGAAAACUACUGGAGAAACCUUAAAGGAUGGGGUGUAUCAGCUCUAUACUAUCAGAAUAAAGAGUGCAAGCGACAUUAAAGGUUACGGGUCAAAUGGUUUAUCGAACAGCUCUGUAUCGCUAAUUAAUAGUAGAGAGAAGAGUGAGAUCGGGGAGACGAAAGUUGUACCGAAAUCAAAUAAUCCAGAAUGGGACGAAGAAUUUGAACUUCAAUUGAAACGUGAUGAGAAAUGUACACUGCUGCUAAAUGUUUGGCAUCACCCUACUGGAAACUUUAUGUCGCUGACUGGAGCCGAUCUGUGUGGGCGAGUAUCUUUGGUACUCGACCCUAAAGAGUUUGCUGAUGACGGCUUUCCAAAUCCAAAGACGUUGAUCUUAGAUACUCGUGGUGAACUCAACAUGGAAAUAGCGCUAGAGACAGAAAGAAUGGAUCCACUAUUUUGCAUCGGUAGAUCCUAUAGGACCCUAUCAAGAGCGAGAGAUAAGAUCUUAGAACUUGUAGUCAACAAAUUUACCCCAUUUGUUAGUUUCGUUUUCUCUCGUGAAGUUUUGAAGAGUAUUUGUGGGGGGCAUGGCACUAGGAAACCAAGUGACGAAGAAAUAUAUGAUGCUAUUGUCCCACUUUUCGACUAUUUAAAUGCAAACCUAAACGUUUUGGGGCAGGAACUUUCUCAUGGCCUGUUGUUCAUGGUGAUGUUGAAAGGAUGGCUAUUCAUUAUAAAGGCUGCAGAUAUCAUGUUAUUACCCCAAGUGGAUAUAGCUAAGCAUCGGCUUGCAAACGCAAGAAAAUCCUUGUGGAGUAUAGGAAGUUCAAAUUCAGUUUCUGGGUAUGGGAGAGCACUUACCGAAUACGAAAUAGAUUGUAUUUUCAAGUGGUUGGAUGCAUUGUGUGUUGACUUUUUCUACAACCAAGGAGAGGGUCCCCCCUUGAAAGCCUUGCAAAAUACCGAAUAUCAAACAUUACUCUUAAUCCCUUCUUUUUACAAGAAAAGCGCUUUAGAGCUAAAAAGCGAAGUUAAGCGCUUAAAUCCACUGUAUUUUCAAAAUAUUGCAGAACUGACAAGCGGUAGUAACGUAGCCGUCAGUAGGAGGUUCACCACAGUAGAGCGGAGAAAAACUAUAAUGGGAAACUCUUCGAAGGGUAAGAGAAAACAGCUACAGGAGGAACUUCAGAAAGCUGACACUGAUUCUCUACAACAAUCGUUAUCGACUCUAAACAUAAUUUUGAGGGUAUUGAUCACAAAGGGGGAGACAGAUUACGUUUACAGACAACUACAUGAAAGGAAGCAGAAGAUGAAACGGAUCAACGUAGCAAGUUCGGCUGAUAAAGUUUCAAAGGGACAGAAAAUUAACUAUAGAAGUUGA